GAUUACGCUUAAUAAACACGGGGAGCACUCGUCAUCUCGUGCUCCCCGUCCAUCCCCCUGCGGGCCGUCUUACGGGGAGUCGUGGAGCGAGCCCUCAGAGAGCAGAGAAUCGACAUGAAGAAGCACACGCACCCGUCCACCGCCGACGGGAUGUACUCCCAGCUGGUAGACGAGGACCUGCCGGCGUCCCAGUUUAUCCACGACGUGCAGCGACGCGGGGCCACCGUCCGCCGGGCCCCGUGGCUCUGGCCCCUCGCUGGUCAGUACCAGCGGGCCACCGUGUUUCUGUCUGUGUUGUGUUUGGUGCUGCUGGUCUGCCUCAUCGCGGUGGCCACACGCUCACCUCCUGCUGUCUCCUGCACCACGGCGGCCCCUGUUGCCACGACGACGACGACAGCGGCCCCUGUUGCCACGACGACGACGACAGCGGCCCCUGUUGCCACGACGACGACGACAGCGGCCCCCGUUGCCACUACGACGACGACAGCGGCCCCUGUUGUCAGGACGACGACGGCGGCCCCUGUUGUCAGGACGACGCCGACGACGGCAGCCCCUGUUGUCAGGACGACGACGACGACAGCGGCCCCUGUUGUCAGGACGACGACGACGACAGCGGCCCCUGUUGUCAGGACGACGCCGACGACGGCAGCCCCUGUUGUCAGGACGACGACGACGACAGCGGCCCCUGUUGUCAGGACGACGCCGACGACGGCAGCCCCUGUUGUCAGGACGACGCCGACGACGGCAGCCCCUGUUGUCAGGACGACGCAGACGACGGCGGCCCCUGUUGCCACGACGACGGCGGCGGCAGCGGCGUGUCCAGCGGGCUGGCGGUCCUUCCAGGGGAGCUGCUACAGGGUGUCGCGGCAGACGGCGGACUGGAGGGGCGGCCAGCGGCUGUGUCAGCGGGACGGGGGCCAGCUGGCCGUCAUCCUCAGCGCCCAGCAGCAGGGCUUCCUGUGGGACCUGCUGCCCCGCGGCUACUGGAACGCCUUCUGGUUCGGCGUGACCAACACGGAGGACGUCUGGACCUGGGUGGACAGGACCCCCCUGGUGGGCGGGUUCUGGGAGGAAGGGGAGCCCAACAACCACAUCGAUGAAGACUGUGGCUACAUAGUGAAGACGUUGAACCUGGAGCGCGUGGCCGUGAGGAGCUGGUACGACGCUCCCUGCAGCAUGUACCUGCCCUUCAUCUGCCAGAAGGUCCUGUGAACCGGCCCCCCAUUGCCCCAACAUCACACUAACCCGCUCCCACUACCCUAAUGCCCCUACCCUAAUGCUCCUACCCUACCCCCAUUACCCUACCCCCAUUACCCUACCCCCAUUACCCUACCCCUAAUACCCU